CGACGGGUUGUGCUUGGCCCCAGACGUCUCCAUGGUCACUGGCGCUCAGUUGGUUCUGCCAUUGCGGAGGGCUGGGCUGGAGCUGACCAGGGGUGUAAACAGUGCUCUUCUAGGCCAAGUGGCUGUGCUUGUAGGGCGACACUAGUCCGGGAGUCUCUGUCCUGAGGCUUUCCGGAAGACACUUCCAUGCUGGACUCAGUUUCCCCAUGUGAUCAUUGAGGAUUUCAGUGAACUCUCUAAGAACCCUUCUGGCUCUGUCAUUCCAUGUAUGUCUCAAAUUGGAAGGGCUGUCCCUGGUUCAAGAUACUGGGCAGUUUCGCUGAAGACUUUGUCAGUCAGUGUGGACUUUUUAAGCCACUUACUGCAUUUUGUUUCAGACAGGCUUUAAAAUGAUUUCAAGAAGCGCUUUCUAAACCUCACCUUAAUCCUCUUUCAUCCCUUGCUUUUGUCCCUAGUAGUAAUCACAUUCCGUCGAGUUUUUGCAUGCAGAAUUUUUUGUUGUUUAUAUUUGCCCAUUUUCUCUUUGUUCCCUAGUCCAGGCCCUCUUUGCUUCACAUCUGGAUUAUUGCAACAGCUUCUUAGCUGGUCUCUGACUCCAGAGGUUUCCCCCUCCCCCAUCCUUCCUUUAUGCUAAAGCCAAACUUACUAUAGGAAGUCAAAAAAUAGUUGAGUGCUUGCUUGCUUAUUAAAUGUCAAGAUGCUGUUCCAUGUGGUGGGAAAGUAGUAGAAAGCACACUUAGUCUCCAAGCAGGUUUACACAGGGUGCUGAGACAUUACCUGUGAACAGGUGAUUUUGGAGACAAGGCCGUGUGCUGUAGAAUUAAGAAGGAGAGAUGGAGGUCACUGUAGGCCGAAUGGUUAGGGAGGGCUUAGUGAGGGGGCGGGAUUUGAGCCGGGUGUUAAAGGAUGAGUAGCAUUCAGAUAGGAAAAUAGGAAUCAGGCCCAGUGAUCCUAUGGAGUUAGUGAAUAGACCAGUCUCCUGGCAGAGAAGGGUUCAUACAGGAGGGAAGUAGGAGGAGAGGUCGUUCGGGGCUAGUUCCUCAAAGAACUUGAACACUAGGUCAAAGUUGAAACUAUACUGAAGGCAUCAGUGAAGAAGCUAGAGGCCGGGAGAUCAACUAGGAGGCCUUGGCAGUUAGACCCCUGUUCAAAGCUGAGUGGUGGCCUCUUGCCUGCCACGGUGUGUCCAGCCACCGCCCACCCUGUCUUUUCAAGACUCUGUGGUUUGGCCCCACCCCACCUACCUGAACCUUAUUAUCUGCUUCUCCAAGUCUGUCUCCUGCAGAACUGAAUUAGUUACUGCUGCUUGGGCUUUGCUUCUGUUGUUCCCUCUUCUGAAGCACUGGCCUCCUUUUUCUUUUAUGUGCAAAUUCUCCAUUUCACUUCCUUCAAGCCCCUGCUGAAGAUACACUUCCUCCAGAGGGUGUUCCCUGACUGCCCUGCCCCCAUGGCUUUGUGGCACUCAGAUUCAGCACUUGUUUCUUGGCUGUUGAACUUGUUCUUGUCCCAGCUGGAGUGGGAGUUUUUUUGAGGGCGUUGUGUCUUAAUACUUCUCUCAGAGCCCUUACAGUAUCUAAUACUGGGGCUGGACUUUCAUAAUAGGUACUCAAAUACUUCCUGAUUUUUGUUGGCAAACAACUUUUUUUUGGGGUUUGUAUUGUAAUUUGCCUUUUUUUUUUUUUUAGGGGAAUCUUAUUAGCUUUCUGUGUCAUAUAUAACAUAUAGGGCAUAAUGUCAUUCAAGGUGGAUGUUUUCAGCUUUCUUAGGGUGCAGAAAGCACAAAACGAAUCUUUGAAACUUUAAAACAUUUACCUCUGAUCUUGAGAAAAGAGGAAAGUCAUGUGAUUCUUCAUUCAGAGGCUGUGGGGAAAGAACAACAGCAUUGGAAUCAGACAGACCUGGGUUUGAAUCCUAGCAGGUGUACACCAACUCUGUGAACUGGAGCAAUUUCUCUGAUGUCUCUGAGCCUCCAUUUUCUUAUUUGCAGUGUGGACAAUAAUAAAAUCCAUUUCAUAGGGUUACUGUGAACUGUAAACAAAAAUGGUAUAUGGACGAAGUAGCAAAAUUUGCAGCACGUAGUAACUGCUUAGUACAUUUUCAUUAUUAUUGUUGUCAUUAUUGGGUGUACGUUUAUCAGGGUGGAGAAGUAAUCAGCCACUAAACUGUGAUCUACUGAGUUUUGGAUUUCUGCAUGUCUCUGCAUUUCCCCCCUUUUGCCUUCCAUUUGAAGCACUUGUCUAAAAUGUCAGUAUCAUGAAUCUAGAAUGCCAUCAUUACGUUUUAUUCCCACUAAUGUUCAUGUUACUUUAGGUUAAAUUCUGCCUAAUGUUUUUCAAACUUCUUAAUUGUGUCUAUUUAAUGUUUUGUAGCUGACAAACUGCUGAAUUUAGCUUAGUGAAGGUCAUCAACUGAACGCAGUUAAAUUUCUAAUGGUUGUUUUCUGGUUGAUAUUGAUGGCAAGGAAAACCUCAUGGAAGAAUGCAAGUCAAGAGUACGCUUCAUGUCAGUAGAAAUGGACAGCAGCAGUUUUAUUCAGUUUGAUGUGCCCGAGUACAGCAGCACCGUUCUGAGCCAGCUAAAUGAACUCCGCCUGCAAGGGAAACUAUGUGACAUCAUUGUACACAUUCAGGGUCAGCCAUUCCGAGCCCACAAAGCAGUCCUUGCUGCCAGCUCCCCAUAUUUCCGGGACCAUUCAGCAUUAAGUACCAUGAGUGGCUUGUCAAUAUCAGUGAUUAAAAAUCCCAAUGUGUUUGAGCAGUUGCUUUCUUUUUGUUACACUGGAAGAAUGUCCUUGCAGCUGAAGGAUGUUGUCAGUUUUUUGACUGCAGCCAGCUUUCUUCAGAUGCAGUGUGUCAUUGACAAGUGCACGCAGAUCCUAGAGAGCAUCCAUUCCAAAAUCAGCGUUGGAGAUGUUGACUCUGUUACCGUCGGUGCUGAAGAGAAUCCCGAGAGUCGAAACGGAGUGAAAGACAGCAGCUUCUUUGCCAACCCAGUGGAGAUCUCUCCUCCAUAUUGCUCUCAGGGACGGCAGCCCACCGCAAGCAGUGACCUCCGGAUGGAGACGACCCCCAGCAAAGCUUUGCGCAGCCGCUUACAGGAGGAGGGACACUCAGACCGUGGGAGCAGUGGGAGCGUUUCUGAGUAUGAGAUUCAGAUAGAGGGGGACCAUGAGCAAGGAGACCUAUUGGUGAGGGAGAGCCAGAUCACCGAGGUGAAAGUGAAGAUGGAGAAGUCCGACCGGCCCAGCUGUUCCGAUAGCUCUUCCCUGGGUGAUGAUGGGUACCACACUGAGAUGGUUGAUGGGGAACAAGUUGUGGCAGUGAAUGUGGGCUCCUAUGGUUCUGUGCUCCAGCAUGCGUACUCCUAUUCCCAAGCAGCCUCACAGCCAACCAAUGUAUCAGAAGCUUUUGGAAGUUUGAGUAAUUCCAGCCCAUCCAGGUCCAUGCUGAGCUGUUUCCGAGGAGGGCGUGCCCGCCAGAAGCGGGCUUUGUCUGUCCACCUGCACAGUGACCUACAGGGCCUGGUGCAGGGCUCUGACAGUGAUGCCAUGAUGAACAACCCCGGGUAUGAGAGCAGUCCCCGGGAGAGGAGUGCGAGAGGGCAUUGGUACCCGUACAAUGAGAGGUUGAUCUGUAUUUACUGUGGAAAGUCCUUCAACCAGAAAGGAAGCCUUGACAGGCACAUGCGACUCCAUAUGGGAAUCACCCCCUUUGUGUGCAAGUUCUGCGGGAAGAAGUACACACGGAAGGACCAACUGGAGUACCACAUCCGGGGCCACACAGAUGAUAAACCAUUCCGCUGUGAGAUCUGCGGGAAGUGCUUUCCAUUCCAAGGUACCCUCAACCAGCACCUGCGGAAAAACCACCCGGGCGUUGCUGAAGUCAGGAGUCGCAUUGAGUCCCCUGAGAGAACAGAUGUGUACGUGGAACAGAAACUAGAAAAUGAUGCAUCAGCCUCAGAGAUGGGCCUAGAUUCCCGGAUGGAAAUUCACACAGUGUCUGAUGCUCCCGAUUAAGAUGGUAAAGAAGUGCACCCAAACAAAGCACAUUAAUCAAUGCAUAUUUGUGAUUUGCUUUGUUGUAAUCUUUGGUUUUCCCAACCAUCUGGAAAUCUCUUGGUCUCUUGGCAGUUUUUCUAAAGUUUCUGGAUGGAACACUUCGUUGUGUUUAUCCUUUCCCCUGCCCUCCCUCCCCGAAGGAGCUCAAAGCAUGAAGGGCAACGCAUCCAGGGAAAACACAGGCUGACAGUAUUCCUCUUUGGCUGAACUCUUAAUCCAAAAUCUGCCAGUGAUUUAGCUAUGCCAACUGGUUGACCCUCCAUUCUCUGCCAAGAGGCAUACUCUCUCUCAUUGUGUGCGCUGGCAGCAGUGCACGUCCAUGGAGAGAGAUUAGGAUGCCGUCAGCUGAUUCAAAUGGGUAACCUUUUCUAAUUUAAAAUUCCUUUUAGGGGGUAGACAAUUUAUAUAUAUAUAUAAUAAAACUAUUAUUAUAUAUAUAGUAUAUAUACAUUCUCAAAUUUGAUUUUAUUCUGGUUGAGGUGAAUGUAAGAGGAAUAUAUAAUUUAAUACAAUGUGAACAGGGCUUUUGAGUCUGUCUCAUCCCUACCUACUAUGUUAGGGUUUUGCCCCUUCAUUUUCCUUAAAAAAGAAUGUUAGUAGGUUUAUAUUAAGCAUUGUGUCCAAAAGCAAGCAAAGCAAAUCACAGUGUUCACAGCUCUGCUUCGUAACAAUACAUAAACCAAAUGCCAUAAAAUUUCUUCAACUCUAGUUGGAAACCGUUUGGAAUUUUUGUUAGUUGUCCAGCAGGUAAGCUGGAUGACCUGUGGUGCUGACCUUUUUACAUAGUGUAGUGUUAUAUUAGCCAACCCCAAAGGAGCAGUGGUUUUCAAGGUUUUUACUGGCCUACAAAUCUACCUUCAUUCCGUACUGUAGAAACAUACAUACCAGGUAACUAAAUCGAAUCACUCUCUAUCAUGAGUUAGGACUCACUCGCACUUAAGGAAAGGGAUUUGUAGUUCUGUCUACAAAAUUCUCCAAGCAGUGUUGUGGGUUUUUUUUGGGUUUUGUUUUGGUUUCGUUUUUUUUGUUUCCUUUCUCUUUUCAAACAGCCAGUUCAGGUGCACAGCAACUUUUUCUACAUGCAGUUCCCAGGGAAACUGCAGAACUUAGAAUUUGUACUUUUUGUAAAGCUAUACUCUAUGGGAAUUGCAAGCAAUAUAUCUAUCUUAGUAUUGUGUGUGCUAACGAGAGCCUCAGUGGCUCCCCCACUCUCUCAGUGUUUCCUGCUUAAAGAACCAACAGUUUAAAAGCCCUCUAAGAUACUCUGUGUGUCACCAUUUUUUGGUCAUGUGGUGCUAUUUUUGUUAAGUGUCUUUUUAGGUCAGUAUAGUUGUAGAAAAUGUGAAAUCUAAUGGUAAUAAUGAAUUAUAAUUGUUUUUCUCUCUUGAGUUCAUUGCUUGAAAAGAGACCUCAAAAGCAUGUGCCGGCAAACACGUUACUGUAUGAAAAUGUACCCAAGUCCUAUUUGAAUAAUGUUUUAUUAGUACUUUCGGAAACGUCUUCAGUUCUGUAUUGUGUUCACAUACACAAGCAGGCUUUACAAGAUUGCUUCGGUACUGUAAACUCUGGCAGAGAGUAAUUUUGUGGGCGGUUUGGUGGUGAGUUUGUGCUGCAGGCUGCCUGUCGGAUGUCAGUGUUCUGGUAUCUGCCUGAGAACCUGGGCUCUGAGACGCACAACCAGUGUAUUUCCAUAGGUGAACAGUGCAGCCACCUAAAAGCAAAACCAAUGAAGAACCAGCCUCAGAGGCUUGAAGUUAAAGGAAUACAGAAUUAGAUGUUUGCUGGUUUUCUAUGUUUUUUUGGCUCUUAAAAUACCAAGGGUGGAUUGGUUUUUGUUUUUGUUUUGAGAAAAAAAAAGUCAUUCAAGCCCUUUGUGUGUAAUAGCCCCCAGGGGUGGCAGCUGUGCAGGCGCAUCUCUUUAGCACACAGGAUCUGUUCACGUGUGAACUGCUGCGCUACACAUCAGUGUUAACUCCGUACAGAUACACUCUAAUCCCGCUGCUCCCGAGGAGCGGCUUUUGCUAAAUCGGGUAUAUAGUAUGCCUUUUUCCUCGUCAAACUGCCUAAGUAGGGGUUUGUUCUCUCCCUGAAGCACUUGCUCAACUCCUGUUAAAGCCACGUGCCUCAAGGGGAGGCUGGACCCCAAGUGUUUACCCACUUAAAUAUGUUCUGGGGUUUCAGGUAAAUGUUUGUGAUUUUUUUUUUCCUUUCAUGAAUAAGUUUGGUUUUGAUUUUUUUUUAAUUGAAUGCAAAAAAAUUGUGUUGUGAUACAAAUUAAGUUUGUGACAAGAAAUGCCCAAAUCCAAGGACAUACGAGGUCAAGCUCAGGGAAGGAACCCCCUUUUCACUCAGGCUUGGGGCCUUCAGUGAAGUCUCCAGAGCAUUCCGUGGUAUGAGAGACAGUGAGGAGGGAGAGCACCUGGCGCGGGCACCUCCAGCGUCCUGGCUCUUGGCAUUGUCCGUCUUAACCUUAUUUACAUGGAGUUCUUUGUAUUUGUGAAUCUGUUUAACUGGUUUGAGUUUACCAAAGAGUGACUUAUCCAAAAUUGUCUUUGACAAAAAUAUCCAUUGCUUUGAUUGUACAGUUCAGGUUCAAACAUUGUAAUGGGACUGUUAAGGGGCAGAAAAUUGAUUGAGUUUCUCUCUAAAAUCGAUUCCACAUUUUGCAAGUUCCACUUGCUCCCAUUCGUGUUGCUAACACUUUACCCUUUCCACUGCUCGCAGUGUUAAGAAUGAAUUCUCAAGCCAUAACACAGUACUGUAAAGUUCCGCAGGGCUUCGAGGGAGGCAGCGCCUAGGCCAGCACGGAGCUGUGUAGCCUCUCUGAGCGUUCGCACUGUCAUGCUUCCCAGGGGCGUGACUGGUGAGAGAUUAACUCCAUUCAGAUCGGGCAGCAGCAAUUAAUUGUGCCUUGCCACAUGAGGAUGUGUUAGGAGGAUUAACAUGACCACAGAACCGAAACAUUCUCUCCCUGAAGUUCACUUCACGUCUCCACAGACGAAGUACGCUGUGUAACUCCUUAGAGCAACUCUUUUUGGAAAGCAAAGUCCCUAUUUCUGUACAGUUUUAGGUUAGGUGUUUCAUUUAUAACAGAUGCAGAAAUCAAUUAAGAUAAAGUGAUAUGUGAAGAAAUCUUUUACAGUAAAAUAUAUCCUGAAUUCAUAUAGGCUUGUUCAUAAUUGAGUCUCUUCUUGACCUACCUUUUCAAUAUUAGACAAUGUGAAGACAGUGACAGCGUCCUUUUCUAGAGAUAUUUAGCCUGUUAUUACAAACUGUGAAGACAAAGAAUUUUAUACUUUUACUAAUGUUUUGUGGUUUUAAACAGUUAUUUUCAUUCUAAUCAGUUCUCUACCCUCUAAUUUCUACUAAAGCUGUAAAUACAUUUAGAAAUUAUAUUUGUAAAUACGGUAUAUGGAGACAAGUUAAUUUUCUGGUCAGUGGAAAGCCUCCCAACCAAUUGGCUCUGCCUUGGCAUUUGUGGUUUUUGUUGUUGGUUUUUUUAGUUUAGUUUUUUUUUUUUUUUUUUUUUUUUUAAUAACAGCAGAAAGGAUACUGUCAGUUCACUGUUGAGCAGAAUAUACUGUAGAACGAAAUUGAUAAUUUUUAAAUCUUCCAGAGCAUGAGUACAUGUCUUUUCUAAUGAUAGCAAAUAUAACCAACUCUUUGUUUUUCCCUUAGCCCGGACCAUAUAGACCUGCAUAUUUUUGUGUGGUUUUGUUUUGAUUUUUGUUCUUACAGCCUAGAUGGUAGGAAGAAUUUGCAGGAACACAAAACAAGGGCUGGGGGGAACAUCAUCUCUGUGAAUGAGCUUUACUUUAAAGAGAUCAGUGUAUUUUAUUUUAUCAGCUUUUCUCUUAGUUACUGUGAUUGUUGUUGUCGUCGUCGUCCUCGUUAAUGUUAAAUUCUAUAAUGGUUUCCUGUGAAGCCUCCACUGAAAGGGACUCAAAUAUGCAACACCUAAACUAUUUUCCAAGGGCACAUGCCCCUUGAAUGGUGCUUCUAGACUGGUCAGGGUUAUUUAUUAAAUUUUAUAUAUGAAAGUAUUGGGGAAUUAUGUAAAUUCUUUAUAUGAAACUAGUUCAUAAAUCAUAGAUUUCAUAUUACUCAGUGCAACUGAACUAAAAGUUCAGAAAAGUCAUUCACAUUGUUCCAAAUUUGUAAUGGUUGUCACAUGUCACAUGCGUCUUUUUCAGUAAGUGCCAGAGUGUUCCCACUGUUUCUGCCCAGUGCUUGACUUCUCGGCCCAGAAGAGAACCUGCUUUCUCUGGUUUCCUCCCUGGGUCUGGCACAGACAGGGCUAUUGUAGUUCUUGAUCAAGUCCUGGAGUCAGCCUCGCCUGGCGCUCCUUGUAGCAGAUUCAGUACACAGACCUCUUGCUGCCCCUCAGUGACAAGUAUGCUGUGAAUUCAACCUUUGGACUUGCUGCCCAAGCCUUUGGUUGCUGCCCUGACUAUUGUAAGAGGUAAACUUACCUGGUUUGUUUGAGAAUGACCAUUUUCCUAAUGUGAAAACCAUCUCUCUCACCACUUUUAUUAGUAGGGCUAACAUUUUUUUCCGUUAUAAAUGGUUGAGCAAUUUGAAUGACUUAACACAGUGUCAUUAUCUUGCAAUAUAAACUGGUAACCUCACAACUCCACACUUCAUCACCAUAUGAAGUAAAUGAAGCUAGCUAAGCGGAUGCUGUAUCAACUAGUAACUUGCCAUUAAGGAUUAUUUUAUAGCAUGGAUUUAAGACUAUUUAUUCAAAUGAUAUUUUACUCUUGUAUUCACUUUGUUUUAGAUUUGUGACAUGAAUAUUUCAGUGCUGCUUAAUUUUGUUCUGAAUUCUUGUUUCUUGCUUGUAAAUGGCUUUUUUAUGGUAUAAAUAAAGUCAAUGGACAUUGCUGUUUGUAAAUAAAAAUGCUGCUAGAGCAAA